AUGGGGGAGCGAGACGCGCUUCCGCCGCUGCCGCUCGCCCUCGGCCCGCCGCAUCUAAUCCCGCCGGCGCCAACCCGCGACCCGCGCGCCAUCGCCUUCCUCCCUGACCUCGUGGGCCUCCCCUGGGUCGCCUACGCCGCCGGCUCCUUCCUCGUCGUAUCCCACCUCCCCUCCCCUUGCCGGGAUGACAACAGCAACGGCAGCUGCUCCCCGUUCUUCUGCCAGGUCAUCGACCUCCGCGCCCCCGUGUCCGCCGUCGCUUGGUGCGGCCGCGGGAGCGGAGAGGUCGCCGCUGCUGCAGACAAUUCUGUAUCCGUCUUCCAGCCGGCGCCCACCUCUUCUCCAGGUUCGUUUGGUUGGCUCAUGAGAUGGUCUAUCACCGAGACGUUCGCCAUCACCGCUGUCUCCUGGACUGGCUGCGGCAAUGGCAUUGUGGCAGUUGGCUCAGGUGUUUCCAUGUGGGCCAGAUUGGAUUCCUCCUGGCAGCUCUCCUGGAGGUCUACACCGCAGGUGCCGCAAGCCCUUGUCUCCACUACCUGCUCCCUGCAGGGUCCUGUCGCGACAAUGGCAGCUCUUGCUCCAGCUGAGGGCAGUGUGCCUGUUCUUGUGUUUCUGAAUGAUGCCAGGAGGGGGCUGGAGCAAGCUGAGCUUGUGCAUCCUCAGCCUGUUUGUAUGAUCCAGUGGAGACCCUGUUCGUUAUACGCCCAUGACCGGUCUGAGAUCAGGAGAGAGAUCCUCAUGACUUGCUGCUUUGAUGGGACUGUCCGGCUUUGGAGUGAGGAUGAGGUGGCCAGGUCGAAGAAGCAGCGUGGUUUGCAAUUAUCAUUCAGUGUCAUUGCAGUAAUGGAGGUGAACAACACUCUGAAUGGAGUCCUUGGAGUGGAUAUUAGUGUGAGAUGGUCCAUGGAAUCUGGCAGUGUUGUGUCAAGAGACGAACAAGGUAGAUUCAAGUUGUUUUCAGGCGAUUUGAGGGAGAGCCAGGUUGGUAAAUGUGAGUGGCUUGGAGAAUAUCCCACAUGCAUUUCUGUAAUGCUGCUGAAUAAUACUGUACUGCCUAUACAACAACAUGACCCUUACAGAACUGUUCCAGGCUAUCAUAUUGCUACUGGUUGCUCAGAUGGCACUGUAAAACUUUGGAAGAUGUCUUGUGCGGGUAACUCUUUGCAGACUGAGAAAGAAAGACACAUCUGGGAGCUAGUAGGCAUGUUUUGUGCUCAUCAAGGACCAAUUGACACAGUUGUAUUGUCAGGCUGUGGUAGAGUUAUUACUGUUUGCAGAAAUUUGAAGAAAAAUAGCACCUCCAUUCAUAUCUGGGAAGCAGUAAAAAUCAGGGGGGAUGGGAAUUUUCUGCUAGAAGGUACACUAAUGUUGCAAGACCAUAUUGUUGGUUUAGAUGGGCUAUCCUUAGGUGAUGGACGAUUUCUACUUGCAGUUUAUCUAGCUAAUGAGUUGCAUAUAUAUUCUCAUAAGCAUCCUUCCUUCCAGAAUGUACUACACACUGAGAAUUCAAAAGAAGAGCAUCUUUGGAGCUGUAUUGUAUUAUCCCAUUCUCAUCAUGAUAUUGUUGGCUUUCUUUGGGGGCCAAAGGCAACUGUUGUGCUUGUUCAUGAGAACCAUCUUUCACUCUUCAGUUCAUGGCUAGUAACUAGAGAUGAUGAGUACAUGACCCAGAUACAUUCUUGUCCUGUAGUUCAUGAGAUGUUGCCAUGUACUAGCAAUUUUAACGAAGCUACUUUCGGUAAACUCAAGUUACCAGAAAAUUACAACAACAGUGGAAAUAUUGAUAGCAAUGAUGUCCUGCUAACAGACCAACAUAGUCACCAUUCUCAUGGUUUAUGGAGCUUGUUGCAUAUAGCUGAUAGAUUGAGUGGACCGCUGGCAUCAUAUCACCCAAGAGCACUUGUCCAGUAUCUUUAUUCAGGUGAAUGGAAACGUGUGGAUGCUGCUCUGCACCAUCUUGUUCAAUCCAUGAAAGUGAGUGAAACUUCGAAGGCCAUGUCAAAGUGCAAUACAUGCCAUAAAUCAAGCCACAGUAUUCCAGAACUUCCUUUGUCUGAAUACUUUGCAGCAACAGUGUCCAACAACAUUUCUACCAAGGGGUUUAUGUGGGGUGAAGAUAGAAGUAACACAACUUUCAAUCUGUUGUCACCUUCAACUUCAUUUCUUUAUGAGGAUGGCAAUUUAGGUAUCAAUACUACAACUAGCGCAUCUAAGAAACCAGAGAUUGUUGAGCUCCUUGAUAAGAGUUUCAGCAUAUAUGGUAUAAGUGACUCAGAGAAAAAUCAGAUACUUGCAAUUUCUGAUCUUGUGGCUGGAAUCACUGAUCAGAGCAAUUCCUCUCCCUACAAAAACCUUGACGAAGCAGGAAGGAGGUUCUGGGUUGCUGUGCAGUUCCAACAACUCCAUGCUCUUAGAAGAUCUGGAGAUUCAUCAGGGUGCUGUGUUGAUUCUGCUUCCAUAGCGUGGGCCUUCCAUUCUGAUUGUCAGGAUGAUCUACUUAAUUCUGUGCUUCCUGCAGAGCCAACCUGGCCAGAGAUGCAAAAGCUUGGUAUAGGAUUAUGGUAUACAAAUGUGUCCCAACUAAGGACAAGGAUGGAGAAGUUGGCAAGGUUGCAAUAUCUUAAAAGCAAGGACCCCAAGGAUUGUGCUUUGCUCUACAUAGCAUUGAACAGAAUAAAAGUGUUGGUUGGUCUUUUCAAGAUUAGUAGAGAUGAAAAGGAUAAACGUCUAUAUGAAUUUCUGUCCAGAAACUUCCAGGAAGAAAGGCACAAGGCUGCUGCUCUAAAAAAUGCUUAUGUACUAAUGGGAAGGCAUCAAUGGGAGCUUGCUAUAGCUUUUUUUCUCCUUGGUGAUGAUACUUCAUCAGCAGUGAAUGUUUGUGCAAAGAACCUUCAAGAUGAACAGCUCGCCAUCAUAAUUUGUCGGCUUGUUGAAGGAUCUGGAGGGCCUCUGGAGCGUAAUCUCAUUUUUAAUGUGCUACUUCCAGAUGCAAUUGAGAGAGGAGACAACUGGUUGUCAAGCCUGUUUGAGUGGAUGUUAGGGAGUUAUUGCCAGUCUGUCAAUAGACUAUUUGGUUGCCAUCCAAAGUUGCUGAUUGAUCAAAAUGUGCUUGCAGACCCAGAAGUGGGUCAUUACUGUGCAAUUCUCUCGACAAAGAGUAGUUUCAGAAACUCUGUUGGUGAAGCUGUAUCUGCAAAGUUAUCUAAGCUUUCAUUUGCAGUGGCUGCAUGUGCCUUGAAUAAGUGUGGACUACCUCUUGAAGCACUUGAAUGCCUAUCUACUAACUCAAGCAUAGAUGGCAAGGAUAGCAUCAUCUCACCUGGUGAUGGAGACCACAAGAUUUUUGAUGGAAUACUGGGCCCUUUCUCUGCUUCUAAGAAUUGGCUAUCUUCAUCUGUCAUUAGUGGUGUUGAGUCCAACCUUAAAGUAACUAUGGCUUCAAAAUAUCUAUCUAGCCUUCUGAGAAAGCACUCACUCUGUUCACAAUGCAACGCACCAUUAUCUGAAGAAAAGGUCCUUAAUGAGUACAACAAUCAUCAAAUUGAAAAACUUACGCAUGAUAUUACAACAGUAAUCUCAAUAUUUGAUAAAAGGUUCUCCCUCAAAUUUGCUGAUAUAGCUGAGAAGAUCCUAAUGUUUUGUAGCCAUGAGGGUUUAUUGUUUCUAGCGUAUGUUUUGUUAUGGGGUACUAGGUCACCAGAUGCUGCAACUGAUAAUCGUAUUGUUGAAUGUCACCCUCUCUGCCCAAUCGAUUAUCUGUUAUUGUUUUCAUUCAAAGAGAGCUGCAAGUUUCUUAGUCGAUAUGUUGUCUUCUCCUCCAUGUGUUCUGUUCUGAAUAUGGAGCACACCAAUUCUACUGCAUGCGCACCUAAAGAGAGUCAUAAGUACAUUAUAACAGGUUUGUCAAAUUACCUGAACGUCAGCAGGUUACUUCUUAGACAUGACAAAAGUGGAAAUUAUAUUUUGGAUGACAGGUCAGCUGUGCUGGCAGUUAUGGAUCUGUUUGAGUACAUUAUAGAGUUUUCCUUUUCUUGGUUGUAUUGUGACAUAAAAGCAUUACUUAUCAUGAUAAAUCCAGUCCUAGCUGCUUCUUCUAAUGGGGAGCCCUUUCAAGUACUAUUAGAUCAACUGAUGCAUGCUAUACGCCACAAAAAUGGUGAUAUAUCAUUGAAUACAGAAGGAGGAAUGCCCCGUUCUGCAUUGAGUAAGACACAGCUAAAAAAGAGUGUGAAUUCAAAUCUUUUAGCAGAUGAGAAGUGGCAUUUGGUAGGCGCUUCUGUGUGGGUUCCGUUGAUAUCUGUGAUUGAACAUCAUCUAAGGAAAUUCUUUGAAAAAGAGGGACUUGAACAUGAAGCUGGUGUUAGUGGUUCAGAAUUCAGGGGUCUUAUCACUUCUGUUGCUGCAAAGUUUGUUAUGGAUUCCAUUCAUUUUGUGUCAUCUUCGUUAGUAACACUGCAUGCAUCUUUCUUGAGGAAGAAGUUACCGAUGAAUUCAAGUUCGAGUUUGCUCUUCUGGUUAGAGUCCAAGUUGUCUCAGCAACACCCAGUCAGUGGUAGCUAUGAUCACCUGUCGAGGAUUUCGCAGCUUUCAAACAGUGAGAAUAUGGAGGCGUUGUUUAAUAUUUUGUGGGAAAUAUCUGUUAAUCCUGUGGAUGUUUGUAAUGCCUUUGUGAAUGAAGGAGUUAAUUGUUUUUCCUUAAGCAGCAUAAAUGUCACUAGAUCUUGGAAGGACAUAAGAUGCACUGUGGUUGAGUGUGAUAAAGUUAUUACUCAAAGAAGUGGAGAAGAACAUGAACACAGACUUGGCUCCAAGAACAAUGGGAAGGGACAGGGAUUCGCUGACAAAGCCUCUUCUAGUGGUGAAGUGUUUUCUGAAACUAAAAGGAGAGAGUUGAUCAUACAAAAAGAGUUUCAGAGCCCAAGGGAAAUUCUAAGGAGAAGCGGGGAGCUUCUUGAGGCGAUAUGUCUUAACUCUGUCAAUGAGAAACAAGCUGCUAUUGCUACUAAUCGAAAGGGCCUUGUUUUCUUCAAUUGGAGUGACAAGCAGCAUGACAAGAAUUUUUCAGAGUAUGUCUGGUCAGGAUCUGAUUGGCCAUUAGAUGGUUGGGCUGGCUGUCAGUCUACACCUACUCCAACUUCUAUCUCGUCUGGUGUUGGUCUUGGUCGGAAAAAAGGGUCACAACUUGGUUCAGGUGGAGCGACUAUAGGUUUGGGUUCGUUAGCAAAACCCGGAAGAGACCUAACUGGUGGUGGAGCAUUCGGAAUUCCAGGCUAUGCUGGUAUUGGGGCCUCUGGGUUUGGGUGGGGUGAACCUGAAGAAUUUGAGGAUUUCAUUGAUUCUCCAGCAACAAUUGAGAACAUCCAUUCAAGAGCGUUAUCCCGCCAUCCCUCAUUACCAUUGUUGCUUGUUGGUUCAAGCAAUACACAUGUGUAUCUGUGGGAGUUUGGUAAAGAUAGUGCUAUGGCUACAUAUGGUGUUCUACCUGCUGCUAAUAUUCCACCGCCUUAUGCACUGGCCUCCAUAUCAGCUGUUCAAUUUGAUUAUUAUGGACAGCGGUUUGCCACUGCUGCAUUAGAUGGUACCGUUUGUACAUGGCAAGUUGAAGUGGGUGGAAGAAGCAAUGUCCAUCCUACAGAGUCAUCUAUAUGCUUUGACAGCCAUGCCUCGGACGUUGUGUUUGUGUCUGCAAGUGGAUCAGUUGUUGCUUCUGCUGGAUAUAGUUCAAAUGGUGCAAAUGUUGUUAUAUGGGACACACUAUCUCCACCAGCCACUUCUCAAACUUCUAUCAUGUGCCAUGAAGGAGGAGCUCGGUCUAUUUCUGUGUUUGAUAGUGAUAGAGGCUGUGGGUCUAUAUCACCGCUUGUUGUAACUGGUGGGAAAAAUGGAGAUAUAGCUUUGCAUGAUUGCCGCUUCCUUUCUACUGGAAAGUCCAAGCAUCAUAGAAUUACCACUGAGCAUGGUGCCAAGGCAUCUGCCAUGCAUGACAUCAAAUCUAGUACUUUCGGUGGUACCAACAGUGGGAUGGUCUGGCAUAUACCAAAGGCUCAUCUAGGUAGUGUCACAAAGGUAUCGACCAUCCCAAAUACCAGCUUGUUCUUAACUGGAAGCAAAGAUGGAGAUGUGAAGCUUUGGGAUGCUAAAAACUCCCAGCUAGUCUUUCACUGGACAAAGAUGCAUGAACGACACACCUUUUUCCAACCAACUUCCAGGGGCUUUGGCGGUGUUGUUAGAGCUGCUGUAACAGACCUCCAGCUGUUGCCUAAUGGUUUUGUUUCAUGUGGGGGUGAUGGUUCUGUGAAGCUGGUUCAGAUAAAAGAUGAUCUCGCUGCAGCAUAUCAGCGUUAA